GGGGAGGCCCAAGGACGCGCAGGUCUACGGGGGGACCCCCUGGGCGCGCCCCCGGAAGGGCCCCGCGCAGGCUCCCGGCACAGCCUGCAGCGCUGGAUACCCGCUGCACCCGAAUCGCCGUUCCCCCCUGCACCCUGCCCACAGCCUCGCUCAUCACCGCCGCUUCUCCCUCCCCAGCAGCCGCGCCGGGACCAUGUCGACCGAGACCGCGAGCGGCCCCACUGAGGACCAGGUGGAGAUCCUGGAGUACAACUUCAACAAGGUCAACAAGCACCCGGACCCCACCACGCUGUGCCUGAUCGCGGCGGAGGCAGGCCUCUCCGAGGAGGAGACCCAGAAAUGGUUCAAGCAGCGCCUGGCCCAGUGGCGGCGGUCUGAAGGCCUACCCUCUGAGUGCAGAUCCGUCACAGACUGAGGAGGUGGUGGGCAUUGGUGCUCCCCUUCAUGAAGACCAUCUGCUAUUUCUCUUCUCAGCUUCAUCAAGCUAUUUUGGUUUUUCAGUGUAGCAUUGUUGUGUCCCACUGUUAGUUGUCCUGCUAUUUAACACAAUGUUGUAUUUUUUAAAAUGUACAUAACUAGAGAAGAUAAUAACAGUUUUUCUGUGUGCAAGCACGUAGGAAGCUAUGUGCAGCAGCUUCUGUGUAAAGCAGAGGUGUGGCUGCAAAUGAUGUGGCUGGCAUUUCCUUUUGAGUCAUGAUGACAGAUGGUGUUAAAAACCACCUAAGUUUCCUUUUGACCAUCACCUCCCAGUAACAAUUUACUGUUAACAUCCAUUUCAGAAUGGUCAAGGCUUCUGUUGAAAAGACAACAUGACCAAGAGAAAGACGUAUUUCCUUCUAAUUCCACUAAGUCAUUUUCCUUGUGUUUCAUUUAAUACAUUGAGUGAGAAUACAGAGGGACUUUGAGUCAUGUGGAUUUCAUAAAGCAAUUCCUUGGAUUAUAGCUGAAUUAACUUGGAAAGCACUCAGGCUGGAAGACAGAAAUUCCAACUGGCAAAAAUCAAAUAACUAAGGGGAAAAAUCCACAAAAGUCUUGAAUUUCCCUUAUUUAAAUACAUUUGUCGAUUUAUUUUGCUAAACAACAUGAACUGCUUUUUGUCUCUGAAAUGAUGUUCUAAAUAAAACCUUAACAUUUUGUGAAAA